AUGUCAAUCUCGACGACGCCUUCGGGCACCCACACUAUGCAGCGGCACCGAACGUCUAACCCCUACGAAGACAAAUUUGGCUACUCCCGGGCAGUCCGCAAAGGACCCUUCAUCUUCGUCUCGGGCACGACCUCCAUCGACACCAGCUCCGGCAAGGUCCUCUACCCCAAAUCGGCGUACGACCAGACGCGGAAGAUAUUCUCCGAGAUCGUGUUGGCAUUGGAGGCGCUAGGGGCGACGAAGAACGAUGUGGUGAGAUUGAGGAUGUUCGUCGCAGAGGAUAAGGACACCGAAGGCGUGAGCAUCGCACUGAAGGAGGUGUUUGGGAGCGUGGCACCUGCUGCGACGAUGAUUGUUGGAGUUGGGUUUGUGAGCCCAGAGAUGAAGGUCGAGAUCGAGGCAGAUGCAGUGGUGCUAUGA